AUGUCACAUCCAGAUAGAACUCAUCAGUUCACUCAUUCAAAUCAAAGAAGAAGAGCUUCAGUAUUAUAUGGAUCAAUAGGAAAAGGUGGAUUAUACUUGCCUUCUGAUUUCAUCAAGGAAAAUAAUCAAACUCGUAAAUAUUCAAUUAAAGACUUUGUGGAUGAAAAUGCUCCAUUAUUAGAUAUUCAGGGGGAUUAUAUAAAUGAUGUAGAACCACCACUAAAAGAUCGUAGAAAAUCAAGUAUUGAAUCAAGAGAAUUAAUUGAACAAGAACGAGAAUUAUUGAAAUAUAAUCAUAUUCCUGUAUUGAAUCCAGAUAAUGAAAGUGAUAUAAGAGAAGCUUUUGAGGAAGCUAUAGAUAAACACCAAAUAGAAGUUACUACUCCUUGGAUAGAAUUAAAUGUGCUAUUUAGAACCAGUUUGCCUUCAGUUUUGACUUUCUUGUUACAGUGUUCAUUAUCAACAGUUUCAGUAUUUUCAGUAGGUCAUAUUGGUCCAACAGAAUUAGCAGCUGUUAGUUUAGGUGCAAUGAUGGCAAAUAUUACAGGAUAUGCUACUAUACAAGGAUUGGCGUGCUGUUUAGAUAGUUAUUGUCCUGCUAGUUUUGGUGCUAAAAAAUAUACGUUAGUGGGGAUUUAUGUUCAAAAAUGUACUGCAUUAAUAGUUACUGUUAUGAUACCAGUAUUAAUAGCAUGGGUGUUUUUUGGUUAUGAUUUAUUAACUUUAAUUAUUCCAGAUAAAGACACAGCUCAUUUAUCUGCUGUUUAUUUAAGAAUUGUUGCUAUCGGUAUACCUGGAUAUAUUGUAUUCGAAGUUGGUAAAAGAUUUUUACAAGCUCAAGGAAUUUAUAAUGUUGGAGCUUAUGUUUUGUCUUUUGCUGCUCCAUCUAAUUUGGUAAUGAAUAUCUUGUUGGUAAAACAUUUAGGUUAUAUUGGAGCUCCAAUAUCAGUAGCUAUUAAUUAUUGGCUUAUGGCGAUAGGAUUAGUUGUAUCAACUAUGUUUAUCAAACCAGAAAAUACUCCAACCGGUAUAAAUCCUAGAAGAUGUUGGGGUGGUAUAAAUUUGAAACAGGCUUUUGAAGGUUGGGGCAAUUUAGCAUCAUUAGCUAUUCCAGGUUUAAUUAUGUUGGAAGCUGAAUUUAUAGCAUUUGAAAUAUUAACAUUAAUGGCAUCAUAUAUAAACACCAAGUCAUUAGCUGCACAAUCAAUAGGUACAACAAUGGCAUCAUUAACUUAUCAAGUUCCUUUUGCUAUUGGAAUUGCAUCAUCUUCUAGAAUUGCUAACUUUUUAGGUGCUGGAUUAGCUGAUUCUGCUAAAGUAACUACUAAGGUUUCACUAGCAUUUGGUGGAGUUAUUUCAAUUUUGAAUUUUUUAGCAUUGUAUCUGUUUAGAAGACCAAUUGCCAACGCUUUUACAAAUGAUCAAGAAGUCAUAGACAUCGUAUUGGGUAUAAUGUGGCUUAUUGCAUUAAUGCAAGUAUCAGACGCAUUAAAUGCAAAUUCAGCAGGAUGUUUGAGAGGUCAAGGACAAACCAAAAUUGGUGGGAUAGUAAAUUUGAUUUCAUAUUAUUUAAUUGGUAUACCACUUAGUGUAUAUUUAUCAUUUUAUUCACCAUGGAGAGGAUCAUUACAUGGAUUAUGGAUUGGGUGUACUGUUGCUUUAACUAUUAUUGGCGUUGUUCAAAGUUAUUAUGCUUUAUUUGCUGAUUUUAAUAAAUUAUGUGAUGAUGCUAGACAUAGAACUACUAUUUCUGAUGUAUAG